AUGGCUCAAUACCUCCCGAACGAACUCUUCGAUGAGAUUCUCAAGCAUAUACCGGCUUCCGGUCACCAGCUCAUGGCAUUGACGAGCCGUCGUCUCUGUGGAUUGACACGUCCAUUCCUGUUCGCCGAGCUUCAAUUCAUACCGUACCAUUACGGCCGAGACCCAGCAGACAACCGAGAAAUUGUGCAGCUCCAUUCGCUAGAAAACACCAAAGAAUACGAAGCGCGUCUUGCUUUUGUCACUUCAGAGGAUAUCGCGCCACUGGUUCGUUCAGUCCAGAUCGAUGUCGUCGAACGCAAAGCACAUGUUAGACCGUGGAAUGAACCUCCAGAGCCCCGCGGAGAAGGGGUUAACGCGCUUCUACACCUCCUUCUUUCCAAUCUGGAGCGGUUCCAAGCCUUGACCAGUUUUCGGGCAGAAUUCACGUUUCUCCCAAUGGAAACUGUCGCCUUCCUCGACCGACGCAUUUGUCGCUCACAUCGUCCUCUGGUGGGCCUCCACCUUAUACAUUGCGAUUAUCUGGACGAAUCAACAACAAUUGCGGCCAACACGAUCAUCAAGCCACAUUCGUUGCGUCUUACCGACUUGACUAUACGCCCGGCUAAAACUCGUCCAAAUGAUAGCAGGACCUGGUUACAUCUGCUUGACCCCGACACAUUGCGAUGUCUGUAUAUCUCAGAUGCAUGGCUAGAACGAGGGAAAACCUUGCCUGUCUUUCCGCAUGUCCACAGCCUGACAUUAAAACGGGUUCCAAGUCACGAGGAUGUGAUUCCGCAUCUUCAAGCCGCCAUAACAUCAUUUCCCAACUUGGAAAUACUUCGAGUGGAUUAUUUCACCGGAGGCUUGAGCCCUGUUUUGUUAAUCCAAACUAAUGCUGCGGCAUUUCCGUACCUUCGUGAAUUUACUGGCUCAGCAGAAAACGCCGUCACAUUUCUGGCCUAUACCCAAGUCACCUGUCUUCAAUUGCUCGACCUAGACGAACCCGUAUCCCAAGUCAGCAGCCUCGCAAAAAUAGCUGGCGGGAUGCCCGCGAGUGUCAAAUCUCUCAAAGUUGGCAUCCUCACCCGUUCGUCCAGUGUGAAAACCUUGCGCAAACUUCUGCUACUACUCCCGAACCUCACUAGGCUAUCUUUGCGAAUCAAGACCUCAAUGCAUCCGGAUUGGAAGCCAUACAAAUAUCACCUCGAUAUAGUCAGCAAGAUACACAACAUCCUGCCGCGCUCCUUAGAAGAACUGGUCGUUUAUAGCCAAGGCAUGGUUCGCAUCAGUACAGGCAACCUAAAACCUGGAACAUUUCCGCCUUAUGAUACAGCCUCUCUCCGCUAUCGUCUUCUGUUGCGUUGUCCUCGAAUGCGCUCUAUUCUUAUAGAAUUUCAUACUUUCUUCCUCGAAUGGAAGGCCGGGCUGGGUGGGGAGGACGAAGAAAACACGCAGACUUUUAACAUGUCUGACGACGAAGAUGGCGCUCGAUUUCCGACUCGAAACCGUACUUACAAAGAGUCACAAGUAGAUGUUUAA